GCACAACUGCCGGCGGGUGUCAUCAGGCCAUACUAAAUACCAUCUGCUGUUUUCUGACACCUUCCACCCCUUUCCGUGUCAUGUCGUGAGACACGGGGGCUAGACCCGAUUGGCUAACCCUAACCCCCACUCGUCACUCGAGUGGUUGCCCAAGGUCGCAAAGCCCAAGCACCCCGCACGCACGGCCGCCUCUGGCCAAUCCUUUAUCCUUCCUUGCAUGGCAUCUGCCCUCCAAACACGGAGUCACGGACAGCUCCCCCAGACCCCGAAUUGGCUUCCACUCUUUCUUUCCAGGUAUCUUGCUUGGCUCCAAGAGUCCUAGCUACACGAGAUACCACUCCGUUAUUUAUUUGGGUCUACACGUGUAAGGUUGCGGAGUAGCGCGCGACGCGCAGUUCGGGCCAACUAAAGACCAUCCCAUCGGUCCUCGGCCUCGGCGUUCAACACCGUCCGAACUGGCAUCAUGAGGGGAGAUUCGUGGUAUUUAAUCUCACUUCCCGUGCACAUACUUCUCGUACUUUUUCUUCAGUCGCCAUCACAUUUGCCCCUCGAAAUACUGAUCUCUGUUUUUGUUCGGGUUGAAGGUUCAAUUAACCAGACCUCACCAAGCACAGGCAAGAUGGCGCUCUCUCAACUGCCAUUUCUCCAUCUAGCUGCCCACGCCUUUGCCACCAUUUUCACUAGCUUCGGCGUCAACGCCAUCCUCCGUCCAGCACACGCCUUGACAUUCUUUGAAUUCAGCCCGCCAGCUAACGCGGCCGAUGCACGCAUGGUCAACAGCCUGAUGGCCGUGUACGGUGUGCGCGACAUCUUCAUGGGACUCGCCAUCUACGCUGCGGCCCUUGUCGGCACCAACAAGUCGCUAGGGUGGACUCUAGUCGCCUCAAGCGGUGUCGCGUUCGCGGACGGUCUCGUUUGCUACGCCCACGGAGACGGCCAGUGGAACCACUGGGGUUAUGCACCCGUCAUCACAAUAGUCGGAAGUUUGUUGCUGGGCGUUUUUGACAGAGUGAAGCGUAAAUGAGGGCGUUGAUAUACUGUGUGUAAUAAUUAGGUAUCUAGGUAGGUAAUCAACUAUUAUUUCAGGCAAGCUAGCUUCGCGUAGGCUUUAGACUUUGUGAAGCCGUUCAUGUCGCAGUUAAUGUAGAACUAAUUUUGUGCAAUGGUUAU